AAAAAACAGCAAUUCACAUUCGUUUUCAGGUGAUGAUUUUGAUUCAGACAAAUGUGAACGGGCCCAAAGAAGGCGAUUCAAAAAUAUUCAGCAAGAGUUAUAUCAUUUUAAAGGAUCAUUUUAUGUUUGAAUAAAUAAAAUGUAAACAAAUCGUAUUUACAUCAUGAGCUUUGGGUGGAGAGUGGAGAAAUGAAAAUCAUUCGAUUGUUCACUUGGCGGAGAAAUGUUGUAGACUUUCUAUUUUAUUAGUAAAUCACGAAAAAAAUUCGUAUUGAAUUUAGUAUGUUUUGCUUGUGGCAAAAAAAUGAUUCCUUGUAAUUCGCACAUUAUCAUCUGACCUUCACCAUGGGUACCAAAAAAAGGAUUCUCUUCGUUUGUUUGGGGAAUACUUGUCGUUCUCCAAUUGCUGAAGCUGUUUUCAUGGAUCUGGUGAAAAAAGCUGGAUAUCAACGUGAUUGGGAAAUCGAUAGCGCAGCAAUUGAAUCAUGGCACGUUGGUAAUCGACCAAAUCCGCGUGCGGUUGCGAUCAUGGAACGCUAUUAUUUGGGUUAUGAUAAUCGGGCUCGACAAAUCACCACCGAAGACUUUUACACAUUUGAUUAUAUUUUGGGAAUGGACGAUUACAACAUCGAAGAUUUGCACGAAUUGCGACCAAAAGAUGCCACCGCGCACAUUUUUCUUCUAGGUGAUUUUGAUCCACAAGGCGAACGAAUCAUUCGGGAUCCUUAUUGCGACAAUAAUUCGGAUGGAUUUGAUAAAUGUUAUCAUCAAGCAAUGCGAAGUUGUAAAAGUUUUCUGGAGGAAAUUUAUGCCGUUGACUAGUUUAAUUAUUUGCUUUGUUAUAUCAUAUAUAAAAGUAUUAUUUUGCUUGUUGAUGUUUGAAAAACAAAAAAAAAAUAAUAAAUUACGGCUUAUUAUAAA